GUUGGGAGACGACGGAGCAUUGCCCAGCCCUGUGACCCAGCAUGCGCGUUGAACGCUCGCAAGGCUAACGACGCGCGCGCUGUAUGCAAUGAGCGAGGCGAGAGAGGUUCGGGGCAGCGGGGGCACGUCGGGAGCUCGAGAGGGGAUGACAUGGGGGCCGGGCCGGGGCCGAUGACUACACCUGGUGCACAUUGCUGUAGCUCAGGGCUGAAAUUGUACUUAGAAACGUCUGUAGGCUCAGCCCCAGAUAAAGCACACAGCAGGUAGCGCCUGGGACGCAAUUAGGCCAAAAUGUCAGCCAGCGUUGAGGAACGUCAAAGCUUCCACGAUAAGGUCAAUGACGUUUUUAAGAACCUGACUGGGGAGGCUGGGAAAAGGUGGGCCCGCCCCGACGAGCCCAUUCUGCACACGCUGAACGAUGAGAAGGAGGAGCCGCAUAUCUUCUUCCACAACACCAACUACCGGACCUCGCGGAAGUACAUCAACGUGGAGAAGACGAAGAUUCUGAGGGAGCAGGCUCUGGAGUGCGUGCGUGCUGCGGGCACUGCGCGGUACCACAAGUGCACCGAGGUCAUGAAGCGCCUGCAGGCUGCCGUCCGGGUGGCCUCCAACGUGGACCGCGGCCCGCUGGCCCGCAAGCGCGACGUGGGCUUCAUCUACCACAACAACAGGCUGCGCGAGCUGCAGCAGCAGGCGGCGGAGCUGGAGAUCGAGAACCCUUUCCCCGCGCCCGCCAAGCAGGCCACUGGCGGCUACUAGAGCGUGAGCGCAGCGUGGCGGAAGCAGCGUGUGGCGGCGGCGGCGGGCUCGUUGGGAGGCGGCGGCGGAGUGCAGCGGAGGAGAGGAGAGCAGUGGCAUCGUGGAGCGGGGUGGGGGGCGGUCGUGCCGCCUGGGGCAUGGCGCGGGACUGCCUUGAUGCCGCCUGGCCAGAUGCGGCCGAAGGCGCAGUGCUGCAGUGGGCCUCGCAUCUGGGGGGCUGCCGUCAUGUGCGAUGCAUGCGGGGGACCGCCGGAGUGCGGCUUGCUGCUAGCUAGCUGCUAGGUGGUGGUGGUGAUGAUGGCAGUUGUGUGAGUGCCUGGCGCUGGUGGCGGUGGUGGUGCGUAUGCACAUGCUGACAUGCGUCGCUGCAGAAGGAGCGCACUGCAUGUGAGGUUCGUGGGUGUGGCACUGCCCACCUAGGCUUAUCGUAGAGUUUUGAAUGUGGCGUUCAGACGAUCAGAUUCAGGGACGGGGGACUGGUUGACGAGGCGUGAUGUGCUUGUGCCUCACCGAAGCAACGCGGCUUCUUGAUAACUCGUCUUCAAUGGACAACUGCUCGGCGUGGGUCCCAGGAAUACAGUUCUUAGAGGUGCUAAUAUUGAAAGCUACGGCUGAUUGCCCCAUGUGUCACAGCUGGGUUGCCCGGAGUCAGGGCUGGGGGGUGGGGUGGCAGGCUUUCAGGCAGUGCACCGCUGUGUACUCGUUACAGUA